UGGAAUUUCUAACUCUAUACUGAAUGAUUUCUUUAUGAACUUGUCUUCGUUAAUAAAUCUUGAUGAUGUAGUAGAAAUGGUAAAUUACAGUGGCGUAUACAAAACUUUAGAUAGAUUUGGCUACAAUAUGGAUACUCUUAUGAAACAGUUGGCACCACCUUGCGAUAAAAUGUUUAAAAAAUGCUAUUGGAAAACCAAGGAAGUACCGUGUUUGAAUCUUUUCAAGGUCGUAAGGACUACUUAUGGGUAUUGUUGCGGUUUUAAUCAAAAAGGUUUUCAAGAUGAAGAGGGGGACACGACUGUUUCGUCAAAAGUUCACGAAUAUGCCAUGGGUGCUGGUCCAGCUUUCGGGUUACGUCUUAUAUUAGAUGCAGAAGAAGAAGAAUAUUUAUCCCCUCUUAAAUCUGUAAUUGGAUUUUGUGUGGCAGUUUUACCAUCUCAUUUCUUCCNGCAACAGUCAACUCCUAAAUUUUAUUAUGAGCAAAGAAGAAUUUGCGAUUUUUAUUGCAACAACAACUCGGUAAAAUAUAGCCGAGCUUAA